AUGAAGUAUGCACAGUUUGUGAUGGGACCGGCCGGCUGUGGCAAGUCCACAUACUGCGCAAUCGUUCAGGAGCACUUCAAAGUUGCAUUGAAACGAACUUGCAGGGUGGUGAACUUAGACCCUGCCGCAGAAAACUUUGCUUACGACUGCUAUGUUGACGUACGUGAUUUGAUUUCAGUGGAUGACGUCAUGGAGGAGCUUGACUACGGACCCAAUGGCGGGCUUGUCUAUGCCAUGGAGUACCUGUCGGAGAACAUGUCUUGGCUGGAGGAGCAGGUUAGCGAUGCAUUAGAUGAUGACUACUACAUCUUUGACUGUCCUGGGCAGAUCGAGCUGUACUCGCACUUGUCGGUGAUGCGGGAGGUCGUUGACAUGUUGCAGAACGAGGACUUCCGAGUCGCUGGAGUUUACUGCAUCGACGUCAACUUCAUUGAGGACGGUGCAAAGUUUCUUUCGGGGGCUUUGACAGCCUUAACUGCGAUGAUCAACCUGGAGUUGCCCCACAUCAAUGUGCUGACGAAGUGCGACCUGCUUCCGGAAGGGGCGGAUGUGGAACGCUACAUCGAAGGCGACUCUGAGGCCAUCUUGUCAGAGCUCCGUGGGUCCAUGCAUCCCAGGUAUCGGAAGCUCAACGAAGCCCUCGGGCAGGUGCUUGAAGAGUACUCUUUGGUGAGUUUCGUCGCGCUCAAUCGGGACGACGAGGAUUCGAUCGAGCUGUGCCUUGCACAUAUCAAUCAUUGUAUCCAGUAUGGAGAGAAUCUGGAGCCAGAAGGUGCCUUCGACAUGCCUGAUGACGACAUGGGCUACGAUGUUUCUGCCUCUGACUCUCUUUCCAAUGAUCUCCCUGCCAUGUCGCGGGAUAUCGUCAGCAAUGAGCAUGCGACUUGCGCCGGUGCCCUUGGCCUCGUCGAAGACGAGCCAGUGCUACAUCUUCGAGUGCGAUCAGCACAUCCAGGUCAGCGCGAUGCAGACUGUGUCAACCUCGCCGUCAUGCCCUUCAACACCUGCAAUAUGAUAAAAGCACGCUUAAAGGAACAGCGCCGUGGCCUAAAAGCUGUGCGCGACAACGAUAUCAGGCUACUGCACAAGGGCAUCGAGCUUCGUGGGGGUUAUCCCGUGGAUUACUACCUUCACAGUGCGAAUGCAGAGAGUCCGGCCGAGCUCCAAUACCUCAUCAUCAAUCACGCGGCAGAGAAGAGCAAGACGGCGCAGGCACGGGACAUUGGCCUGUACACCGCUCAUCAAGUCCCCACCCCACAGACGUUACAGGACUUGGUGGCAGUCAUCACAGAUGCAUUGCAGGGCGGAAUUAAACCUUCGCUGACUGACGAUGGAACGGGCGCGACGUACAUGCUUCGCGGUGCCUCAUCUCCGAAACCUCUGGCUGUGUUCAAGCCCAAAGACGAGGAAGCGUUUGCCCCAAACAAUCCACGAGGCUAUCAGGGAAAGGAGAACUCUGUCGGCCUGCGGCCUGGCAUCCUCUCCACGCAGCAAGCUGCCCGCGAGGUUGCGGCAUUUCUGCUUGACCACAAAAAUUAUGCGGGAGUGCCUCAAACUACGUUGGUACAUGCCAAGCAUGAGAAGUUCGUCAAUCCUGACAAAAGCAAGGUUGAAUGGAAAGUUGGAGCGUUCCAAGAAUUUGUGAAUUCAUGUGGCACCUCUGGCGACUUCGGGAUGUCAGUCUUUAGCGUUUCAUCUGUGCAUAGAAUUGGAAUCCUGGAUGUCCGGAUCAUUAAUUUGGACAGAAACGACGGUAACCUUCUCGUUACCGAGAGCAAGAGGCCGAGGCUCAUACCCAUUGAUCAUGGCCUGUCCCUCCCCGACAGACUGGAGGUAUAUACAUCCGAUGUGGUUUGGAUGGACUGGCCGCAGGCGAAGAAGCCGUUUGCUCAAGCCGAGCUGGACUACAUUAGGAGCCUCGAAGCGGAGAAAGACGCCAAGAACAUCGAGAUGCAGCUUGGAAUUCGCCGGGAAUGCCUGCGCUUGCUGGAAGUAACGACGAAGUUACUCAAGUUCGGCGCAGACCGUGGACUUACACUUCACCAAAUAGGCCAGAUUCUUUACAGAGAGGAUCCGGAUGAUGGGGACGGCACCCACAAACCCAGUGUGCUCGAGGGGAUUAUCUCCAGAUGCGUCGAGUCUGCGCUUGCGGCCAUCGGCCAAUCUUCCGGAACAGCUUCUUCGACGGUGGAGAGCCUCGACCUGUUGUCGUCCUGGCGGCCGGAAGCGAAGGGUUUACGUCGGCAAGUUUCUGGCGGUGGUGGACAGGAUCAUCAUCCAUCCCCACUACCGUCGCCGCAUAUCGGGCCAGGCCGGCCGCCAACGGAGGGUACUUUCACACUUCUGGAAAGUGGUGAGUCUGACUCGUUUGAAUUGUCCAGAGCAGCCAGUCCCGAUGGAAUGGGGAUAUCUAUGCAGCUUGAUGGUCGCCCAAUGAGCUCAGGUGAACAAUCUGGAAACGAACAGAUUCCGACCAUGGACAUCGAGUCCAAGGAGGACAGCCAAGACGAGCUGGCAGAAGCGCGGAGGAGAAGGCGCGGCACAGCCGGCAGAUACAGGCACCAUCUUUCCGUCCGGCCUUCUGCAGCUCGCGUUGCAGCUAAGGAGGGUUCAGGCAGCGAUGCAUCAAGCGGAAUCUUCGCAAUACCUGGCCGGGGCGGCUUCCAGUGGCCGUCAAGGCUCGAGAAGGCUUUCUUCCGCCAUCUGACAGUCGAACUCUGCCGCUACAUUGACAAGCAUUUUCCUGCAGCAGCAGAAACAGCAAGAGCUGCGGACGAGGUGAGCUGA